UAACAUUUGGCAUAUACAAGCCCCACUGCUGAUGCUCUAACACCCCUGUCCUGUAUUUGGCCUUAGGGAUCGACUUCGACAGUUGAACUCAACCCAGAACUCAGAACUCAAACAAGACAUCAACAAUGGAAGAAGCUGCGGCAUCUCAGACCACACCAACACCAACACCAGCACCAACUCCAACUCCAACACCAACUCAAGCACCAGCACCAACAUCAACACCAACACCAACACCAACUCCAACUCCAAUUCCCACACCAACUCCAACAUCAACACCGACUCCAACACCAACAUCAACGCCAACACCAACACCAUCAACAACGCCAACUCCAACACCAACACCAACACCAACACCAACAACAACUCCAACUCCAAUUCCAACUCCAACUCCGACUCAAGUCCCAAACACAGCCCAGUGUCCCCCUCCAAAUCCUCCUCCUUCUCUUCCUCCCAAGUCCAAGAAGAGACCACUAGACACUACUACUAGUGUUCAUUUCCAGAACUCCAACUACUUUAAGAUGCGCUCUAUUCUUAGGGAUCUUCGUCCUCAUUUUCUCGAGGCUCUCCGGACCCCUGACUUUCGGAAAUGCAAGGCAGCUGAUGAAAUACGAGAACAGAUGAAGCUUCUGGUGGAACUACACAAGGAGUUCACAGCAGAAACAGCUUCCUUGGGUAAGAAUAAGAAUGUGCCAGAAGGCCAAAACCAGGAUGGUCAAAAACCACAAGAGCAGCCCAAGGAUGUUAAACCAACAACAGAGCAGCCUCAACCAGAUAGGGUAUUUUCAAAACCGUCUGAGAAGCAGCGGGCUGAAGAUGGUCGAAGUCAAGGGAUACACAUUGUUGGAGGAUCAGCUUUUGGCUGGAACUUUGUCACUUAUUCAGCCAAGGAACCGGCCUAUUAUGGAGAAACGAAAGAAACAUUUCGAUUGAGGAAUCCAAUAAAGUAAUUCCCUUCACACUGUAGCUGGCUUAAGGAGUCUAUGUGCGUGUGCGCAUGCGUGCGUGUGUACACUAAUUUAUUCAACAUUGACAGCUGAAACUUUGCAGAACCUACCCCAAUGGAUGUAAUAAUUUUAUUGUUGCAUAUUUUAGGAUCAACUAAGUUGUCAUGGGGAUCGGCAGAAGUGAUAGCUUAGUAUUUCUUGUUGUCUGUCUGUUUCUGUAAUAUUCUUUCUAGGCGCCCCUAUUUCUUUCGUUAGUGUUCCUUAAGCGGCUUUGAUGCAUGGGCUUUUCUUUUAA